CAUCGUGUCGAGUAAUCGUGCAUGUAUUGUUGCGGCUCUUUUUAUCAGCGUUGCUUCUGGCAGCAUCUUUGAAUCCCUAAUCAAGUGUGAACCUAUGUUAUUGAUGUACAGACUGUCGCGCAGAAACUCAAUGCCUUUCUGGACACUUUUGACGAAGCCUAUAAUGAGAUGAUCCCGCAGGUGGAACAGGAACAGGGCGAAAUGUCGAUCGAGAGACUUUACGGGGAUUGUUCAGAAAUCAUGACCGCUUUGUUCAGCAUCGUUGAACGAGAAUCCUCGUUAAAAAAGUACGAUCGGGCAAAGUGUAUGCAGGAACCGGUGAACAAGGCUCUGGCGUUGAUUAAUCUGAUAUUGAAGGAGGACAAGUACAGGAGGCAGGCCGCUGAAGCUCCGGACUUUAUCUCGCGAUUGUUGUCACUCUUGGAGAAGCCUGGAUCGCCAGAGACCAAGAUUCUUAUUCUUCGCAUCAUUGCGACAAUCGGAGAGAGCGAUCGUAAUAAAAUUGAGAUUGCCAAAUUGGAGGGCUACAAAAAGAUUCUGCGUCUUUUGAUCACGGAGAAUCCGGAGCUCACACAAGAAGUUGUCAGGACGGUCAACCACUUGUUGGAGUUCAGUGGCGAUCCAGAGAUCGCGGACCUGGCGUUAGUGGCGCCCGGUUUAAAAUCCUCGAUAUCUAACCCGCUGUCAUCUGCACGAUCUAGACCAGGCGUGAUUAUGGGCUUCAAUCCAAAAUCUCUACUUUCUCGCUCCUCUGUCCAGUUGAUCCGACCACAAACACAGGAUUCAGCAUUGCCGCCAAGACCAAAGUCUUUUAUUAUGGACAGACAUUUGUCACGAGGGACGUCACCCUUUGAUUUGCCUCGGCGACUACAUAGCACAUCAUCAAUGAAAGCCAUGACAGGCAUCGAUCGUGUUUCUCAGGCCAUCAGCGAGGUCAGAGGAAUGUUUGUUCAGGAACUGGGAAAGAUCUUCCCUCAGCUGAAGGACCAAGACGGUCUAGGCAUCCUCGGAAUGGGCAACGAUGACGCAGGAGACGCCAGCACGGAAAAGCACUAUAUACCCAAUGCGGAGCAAAUUCAGUUCACAAUCGCAUAUUACUCCCAGCUGGUUGGACAGGACAACCCCCCCAUAGACGAUCCGGAAUCGCCUACAGAGUUGCCAGAACUGCCCGAGCCGCCGGAAACCCAUUGCCAAAAAGAUUCUGCUCUGCCACCAGACAAAUUGAGUAGCAGCAUUGUGCCAGGAUCAGCUCAAUUAGCGAGAAGCUGCUCUCUCAAAAAGAUGGCCUCGACACCAGAUUUACGUGCGACAACAAAGCCUGUCCUUGGAGCACGAAGGAAUUCGGAGGACAGGACUUGGUCCGAGGUGUCAAAGGCAACACGGGGAGCGGCUGUCGAGUUGGCGCAGGAAGAAGAGCUUUUGCGAAAGAGUCAUCCAGACAAUGUUCUUAAGGAGUUUAUGCGAAAUCAAGGUGCACUGCGUUCGCUUAUGACGAUCUUGAGCGACAAGAUAUCUGGGCAGCAACGUUUUGACCUCUCGAAAUCAACUCAAAAGAAUCAUCUGUCAACGGGAACGAGGUUGGCUACGAAGAUUGACAUCAUGGAGACAGUCUGCAAAGUGCUAUUCCAAAAUUCCGCCAACCAGUUAGAAUUCCAGGCCAUGGACGGCUUCAGCACUCUUUUAAAUGUCUUUGACGAGAUCAUAGUACCAACGGGCAGUGCAAAGCAGUGCGAGCAGGACUCACACUCAUUGUCACCUGAAUCGCCCAAUGCGGACCGAUUAUCGAGCAUUCUUCAUCCGGCAGCUCCGUCAGGAGACAACGACUUUAUAUCUGGAUCGGAGCACAGACGGUCCAUGGCGGCACCUCUGACUACUAAGAGAUCUCUUCUUUUGGGAUCGCUCCUGGCGGUGUUCUUCGACCUGGCUUUGGAUGGUUCAACAAGGGACAUGGUUCAGAACACGGGUGCCUUCCAUUUCCUCUUCCGCCUGCUGCUGGAGUCAAAACAGCUGGAUGUCCGGCAGUAUGCAAUGUAUGCGAUUCAGGACCUCGUGUCGCUGAACCCCUUGAACGCAGUGGCGGCGUGGAGAUGUGGCGAGAUCGACAACAUUAUUGGGCGGUUGAGAGAGUAUCUAAGUUACCGUCCGACGAGCGGCACGCUGCGGGACGCACAGUGGACGCUUGGCCGUCAGAUGGGGCUUGAUCCGAACUCACCAAAUGUACGGAGUGUCGUUUUCUGUGGCCUGACGUACUUUGACAGCUUUGUGGUCUCAGAGGACACGGCUGUGCUCGCAGAGAUGAUCGAAGACGGUUCUCCCGUUUACCAAUACACCAUCGGGCUUACAAGAUUACUGGAAUACAUCUCGGUGAUGCUCAUUCACGAUAAUGUCUACAUUCUAUAUGAACUCUCUCGGUUGCUGAUGGAGGUUGAUUUUCCUGACGACUCGUCGAUUGUUAUCAAUGUUGUGCUUCGCUGCGUUGGAAGGAUUGUUGCGGACAUGAUUGCCAGAGGCAUUCCCGUGGAGGAAAAAUUCGCCAGUAUCUAUCUGCAAAUCGUCCGCAGGAUGCUCGAGAAUCAGCAUAAGAGACGUAAAACCUCUGCAGAGAUCGACGACGAACAUGAGCAGGAGCUCAGGGAUUGUGUACACACCGAGCAGCGGCUCCUGACGCUGCACAUCCUUGGCUUGGUACUUAGAGGCAUGGGAAGCAGCGUUGAUGUUUUCGAGUUACUGCAGGGAUUUGAAACACUGGCGAACACUAUCCUUCUCGAGCGGCGGUCGUGCCAUCAUGCCGGACGCGCGGAUGAACAACCAGCAACCUACGCCGACUCUCUCGCGGAACCAACGCUCUGCCAGGAUUGCUAUCGCUCCGACAUCGUCGUCUCUGAUCUUGCUCUCUGGCUUUUUAGGGAUCUUGCGCUUCAGGAAGCAGACAAUGGAUCGGUAGUUGCUUGGAUCAUUGUCAUGCUAAAAUCUGCGCUGGCAGGAAUUGAAGAGUUGCGGAGACAGAGCGAGGCGACCAAAAUCUCGAGCAAGCAUAGUCAGGGUUUCCUUCAUGUCCAAGCUGAGCGGCAGCAGGAUCAGGCCCAUGCGUUACUGGCAUACUUGUACACCAAGAUCUGCGGCACUGUCUCCCUCAUCUUUCGGAAGAGCUGCAAUGCGAAACCCGCCUUUGGUGAGGCUUGUGGCAUGCAACUUCUGUUGAGUGUACUUAGUAGCGCCCAGCAUCCGGACGUUGCUACAGCAGCCCUAGUGGCGAUAGGCGAUUUCUUUGCAGGAUAUGAAGGAACGAAAGCACUGCUGGGCGAUAACUUUGGAUAUGACGGCUUUUUGGAGAUCGUGCUACAUUCAUGUCGUCCCUUGGACAAGAUUUGCUGUGAAAUUGUUCUGGAAGUGGCAACGGUCGGAAAUGUUAUGUCGAGCAAGUCGCGGCCCCAUGUUGAGGCAGGGAGCUCUAUUUAUUGUACUGAGGUCUGGCCCUUCAUUGCCAAUCUUUCGGACCCACGUCCGCUCUUCCACUCUGCUCUUCCGUUCACUAGCCCCAGGAAGAUCGGCGAGCGGAAUUCAUUUCGGACGCCUGAGGUGCCAACUGCAAAUACCAAACUCGAUUGGCCAGGUGGAUCCACAGCGUACCAGACGAAUGGCAGAGGCACGCCUUCGCGACCUAGCAGUGUCUAUUUAGAUGAGAGUCUGGAACUCUCGAAUCCGAGCUCAACUGGUUCUCAGAUUUUGCUCCACACUGGACCAUCAUCGACCUCAUCAGUCAUUUCUGGGAAUGGGGGCGUGACCGUUGGUAGUAACAGCCGCUAUAGUAUUUUCGGAAUGUCUCCGUGGUCGAGUAUAGCAGCUACAUCGGCCUCCAGCUCUAUAUCGUUAGCCCAGGAGCACGUCUCAAAUGCCUCCCAGAUUCCCACCAUCCUGGAACCCGGUGAACCCGCUGGUACAGGCUCAUCAAGGCGCAGUAGUGUGCAACUGCAGCGAAGCGGACGUUCCACACCCGCACCACCAAGCCACGAUGUUCAACCUGAAGAACAGAGCUCUCCUGGACUUUCGAAGACCUUGUCAUCUAAUAGGUUAUUGCAGACACCGAAGACAAAUGGAGGCGUUGUCAACAGGAAGCGCAGCAAUUCUCGCAAUCUCGGAGGGUUUGGGUUGAACACUACCAACCUUGGGCUCCAUUCGGUCGUACCCUCAGAGAGACUAGCGUUCAAGCAGCUUGCAGGAAUCGUAUUCAGAGACGCAGAUGCUGCAAGAAUGACACUUCGCCUGCUCGGACGGAUAAUCGAUUGCAAUAAUCCAAAGUUGGCAACCGAUUACUUUAACCUGUUGAUGCUGCUCAUGGAGGUUACCCCGAGAAACAAGGAGCUAUUGAGUCAAAACAGCGGUUUGCGCUUCAUGCUUGAGAUCCUGUUUAGAAGGGGUCGACAGCACGAUGGCCUAGGAAUGAGCACCCCGGGCUAUCCGUUUCUUCCCCGGGCGUCGGAUCCACCGUAUGUUGACCUUGUGCCGGCGAUGGGUGCAUACGAUAUCUCAGUGGAAGAUGUUCGGCUGUUGUUCGACGCGGUGUACGAUCCCUUGGAAAUGUUCUUCCAUCUGGUAGCAGAGCCAAUUCAGACAAUACCCACCCCUACAAGCACCAUUAAGGAUUCUCUAGGACCUCUGCCAGAGCUGCCUACCAAAUUUGACAAGGAGCCGGAUUCUAGACGGAAUUCUGCAGGACGACCAAGAUCUGAGUCUGCUAGUGCCGUCACGCCCUACUCUAGGAGGAGAUCAGGAUCUAGAUACCCAAAUGCUGGCCAAGGUGUCUUCCCAGGCCUUCAAUUCAACCCGCUUUUUAUCGGUGAGAUGGAACAGCAGAUGAUGUACGCAAUCGAGAAAGUAUCGGAAAGGGUUGAUCCUCCUGCUUAUUUCAAUUUUAAUGGACUGGACGCGAGCUUGACAACAUACCCAGGCAUUGUGGAGAAGGCAAUGUCUGCGAAAGGCGGGUACACCGUCAGCGUUUGGAUCAAGGUCACGGCUUUUCUUGAGAAAGAGACAGGGUUGUUCUGCUAUGAGGAGGAGAAUGGGAGCAGGACUAUCUUUGAGCUGUACUUCAAAUCCCUGGAUCAGUCGAACCGGUACUGCCUCUGCGUCCGUACACAGCACUAUCCUUCGCCGCCGGAGGACUUUGUCUUUGAUCGCUUUGACUUUGCGGAGACAGGUAUCUGGCACCACAUCGUCUUUGUUCACCACAAGACCAUGAAGCUGAUGGUCGACGGUUGUGUUAUCCAGUCAUACGGAACAUUCAACCAGCGCCGGCAGGAGAAAGAGGGUGGAAUAGUUGGUGUUCUUGGUAGAAAAGGUAGAAACUGCAUGUCCGGAUUGGUUCCAAAGACGUCAACAUUCAACGACGGCACCAGCUUCACCAACUUGUCACUCUCGUCAGCGCCUCAGGAUGUCCAUCAGCAAUUCUCCUCCUCGACAUUGUCCGUGUCAUCGUCUGUUCAGUACUCGUCACAAGUGCCAGGAGGUGCCCAGGAGCCGUCAUUAGGUCAUUUCUGCGGUCAAGCAGGCAAGGUCCAUUUCCUACAGGGAGAGUGGGAUCAAGCCAUGGCGGAGAGGGUAUUUAACUUGGGGCCAGCCUCUACGGAGUCAUGGAGGUCUCAUGAUGUAAAAAGCCCUGUGAUUGCUGUUCUGGAUCCAGAAGACUUUUUACACGAUAUGGAGAGCACAAAUGUAGAAGAGACGGACAGCGCGCAGUCUCUGGGUCAACCGGCAGCGAGAGAUCAAAAGAAGGUGCUGCCGCACGGGGUUCUUCAGGGGGGCUGCACGAUCCAUAUGACAAGAGCGAUGCGGAACUUAAUCGGACAAGUUGGGGGGAUCCAACUCUGCUUCCGAUUUCUGGAAAUGAAUCCCUCGCAUCUGCAGCUGGUCGGCCUUCGAGUUAUCUCCAACUUGCUUUACAAGUCACCCGAGAAUAUCGCGCAGUUCCAGAAUGAGCUCGAUGGAUACGAUAUCAUGUACGAGCUGCUGUCAAACACAGCAUCUGAACUGUCGGUCGAUCACUUUGGCGUCCUGUUCGAUAUUGCGAUUAACGGCAUGAUCAAGGACGAACACCUGAUACUUUCCAGUAUGCCCUGUGUCCAGCUAAUUUUGCGGUUGUUACCGAGCACCAUGGACUCUGUUCAGAGCUAUAUCUUGCGCACUCUGGUGGAUCUGAUCGUGGAAUCGCCAGAGAACAUGCGCUUCUGGCGGGCCUCGUUCGGGAUGACGACACUCUUCGAGCUAUUCAGGAGCCUAUCGGCACAUCUCCGACCAUUUUUGAUGUGGACACUCGAAUCCAUGAUGGAUGGUAUGACUGUUCAGGAACUUGGGUUACUCAUCGGAUUCAUUGGACAUGAGGAAGCUGACCUGUUUGAAGUUCGCCGGGAUAUCAUCGAAAUGCUCUUCAAGCGCAUGACAGCUGACCAUGGACUCGUUGACCUACUGGGCUCUGGACUGGAGGGCGUCACGGUACUGAUCGGCUUAUUGGACUCGCCAAAUGAGCACUUCAGGAUCCUUAUCCUCAAGAUGAUAGGUAUUCUUUUGAGCGACAACACAAAGUCUGGCAAAGCUGCGCUGGAUAAACCAAACAUCGGCAUUGGACUGAUUCGUUCGACCCUAGAGAAGUAUCCACUUUCCAUGGAUGUCAUCCAGGUCCUACUGGGUCUUGCCCAGAACAGCUACCGUUGCGACCCAAACUUUCGAUCAGCGGAGAAGGGUGGAGCCAUGAUCGCAAGGAAGUCAGUGGAGAAGGCGUCUACACAUCAGCAGCAACAUCAUCACCAGCAUUCUUCCAUUGUUAUCGCGCCUCUAUUGCCAACACCUGUGAAAGAGGCCUCCUAUCUUGGUGCCCCACUUGAGCAGAACAGUGGCACCAUGCUGAACGUUCAGCCCCCCAGUACGCAUUCAGGGAAGCAGAUAUCAGUGGACGACCCCAACAACGCAAAAACAGAUCUGCAAGGUUCUUCGCAGAGCUCAGCUGGCCUCAGAAAACAUGUGCACUCGAACAACGCGAAUGCACCUUUUGUCAAGAUGAGUUCUUUGCCGACAGAGCCACUGAUUAUCAGCCAUGUCCUUAACUCAGCAACAUCCGAUGACGCAAGUGCCCUCCGGACCAGUAGAGGUGGCGCCAAGAUCACGGAUGAACUCACGUACGCCAGCAUGAUUAGACUGAUCUUGGAGCUCACCGGCUCGUUGUCGCAUACGGACCUUGUCACCCACACACUGACGGACCUGAAGCGAUUGAUGACAUCGGAGAAUAUGCGGAUCCUAUGGGAGGCAGGCUGGGUGAACUGGGUUGGAGCGUUUAUGCACGACAAAAUCAGGGUACGUGUGACCUCUGCAGCCGAAAACCUGAGCUAUAACCGGGCGAUGGGCGUCCUGGAUGGGAUGAUGCAAAAGAUGAUGAUCUUUGACCUAUCCCGAAAAGGAUCUGUAACUGUGCGAAAUAAGGGGUGCUUGGUCAGUCAGGACGAGGACGUAGGUGUGCAGCUCCGAUUAACUGAAGCUGCCCUUGCAUGGUUUGACAAGAACCCUAACUUGGAUACGGAAGCCGCUAACGUGAUCUGCAAGGGUCUGGUCAUCUUGUUCCGUCGACUUGAGGAGCUUUCGCGCAAGUUUGAGGAAAAUCAGAGGCAAGCGGAAAAGGCACGUCAAGAAGCUUUUAAGAAGGAGGUGGCGUUACAGGCUCAGAUACGGGCGCAGGAAGAGGAGCGCGAACGACUUGCUCUGGAGGCGGUCUCGUCGGCGCUGAACGGGGUUCUGGACUGCUUGGACGACUCUGGACAGAGCGACGAGUCUGACUCGAAAUCGAUACUCUUGAAGGCUGAUGAGGGUGAUAUGGAUGCGGAAGAACUGACGAUUGAACACGCUGGUGGGUCCCCAGCCAGUGACGGGGGAGCGGAGGGCACAAUGGACAAACACUCAGGCUUGGCGUCAGGAUCAGCCUCGCCAACAUCUCCCAGCACCUCGACGCUAUCGCUGCCGCUCUCGACGCUACCGAUCAAUGUUGCACAAGCAGGUUCUGGCCAGCAGCCCGCACUGGAUUCCUUUGAGUCGCAGGCACUCUCGAGGUCGCCUUCGUCUCACCUUCAUCAGACCCACUAUACUUCUCAGCCGUCCCACCGAUACCAUCAACAGCAGAGUCGCCGCUAUCGUCCAGUGCAGUCAAGGACUGGGAAUAUGUCACUCCCAAGCUCGUCAACACCGUCGGUCGUUCCCGAUUCAACUGGCACGAUCUUAUUCUCCAGCCAUGAACUCGGAGGCGGAGGGAUUUUAUGGCCACCUCUGGCUCUCUAUGAGCACUUUGCUAACUGUAUCAAUAACCUGGCGUGCUACAACAACUCGGCGAUCCGCACAGCGAUGAAAUCCAGCGGUCUGUUCAAAAUCCGAGACAGCUUGGUUGAGAAGCUGAGCAAGGUUGAAAGCCCUGCCGGCGCGAUGGCAAUGAGCGGUGGCAUUGGUAGCCAUUGUCAGCAUAGUACGCUAUCUCACUUCCAGCAACCUUCACCUACUAUGGGGUCGUCCGGAUUUGUGCAGAAUCAGUUCAUCCAUCAACCCAUAUCAUCGUCGUCCUCGUCGACACACCACGAGUCAGACAAUAACUGCAAUAGCGGUAGCAAUAUCAAUGGGAUCGGUAGUGUCAACGGCAUCGCAGCUGGACAUAAUAUCGACUAUGCCCUCUCAGCCAAUACCAGCAUCGUGACGAACAUCAUUAAUACCUCCACCGGUCACCCCAGUCCAAAGAGCAAUCGUGCUCGAAAACGCCCAAGUCAGCGACAGAGCCACGCGGGACUCGGCCUGGGGAUGCCCUCAGUCAUCUAACUUGUGACCCAACCCAUUCACAUCUAUCCUUCUAUUCUCCGCUCUUUAUUUUGAUUAUUUUCUUGUAGUUUGCUUGUUUAUUUACCGUUUAUUUGCAUAGUUUUGCUCUCGUUCUUUAACACCAACUAAUUUAUCAACAUAUCUUUCUCUGCUUCUUCCUACUCGUAAUAAUAAUAUCGCGUGGUUUUU